GUUGUGAAAGAGGAAGUGUGGAGAACUCGGCAGUGUGCCUUGGGCUGGUCGUCGCGUAAGACGUCACGCGCUCCCUCCUCUCUCUCUCUCCCCACGUGAUGUUUACACUCUCGCCUGCACUCCUGCCACUUUCUUGCUAGUGACAACCCGUGAUAAGGCAUGCUCUGCCUCCUUUUCUCCACCAGAAUAUAUCUGCAGAUAUUGCAAGUCUUGUAGCUUUAUUUUAUACUUUGUUGUUGGUUAGUGUUAGAGAGGUGAGUAGUGAUGAUGGUGUAGAUGUGAGUAAAGCAAGAUUGGAGGAGUCUCACCGACUGUGAUAUCGAAGGAUCUCAGGUACCACGACUAUGCACGACGUGGACAGGUACCGAGGCUCCUGCCUCAUUGUGUCCAAGCCCCGUGGGGGCCGGGGUCAUCCCAGGGGGCGCAGACCCCCACAGGACACCCACCACCAACAGCAGCAACAGCAACACCUUGAUAACUACAUGAUGGAGGGAGGCUCAGCUCUGGCAGGGAUGCCACUGUUUUCCUUCUUGCCUCAGCGUCGUGGUGGAGGCAGGAGCCAGCAGGGGCGGCAGCAGCAGCAACAACAGCACUACCAGCAGCAACGGGGGCACAGCUCCCCACCCCACCACAAGAAAGAGCAGCAGUGUGCCCCAGGGGGCGGAGGUGGCGAGGAUGGCGAUGAGUUGGAGCGUCUCCCUUUGGCUCGCCUAGCACUACAUACUCAGGGUGCUCCCCUUAUCCUGUCCAGCCGCGGUCCCCACCGAACCCCACCCCCCUGCUCUCCCAACACUGCCUCUCCCCCACCCGACGCCUCCCCUCCUCCCGCCAGCGAUGCUGUCUCCGUCACCUCCGACGAAGGCAGCACCGGGCACGCGGAGAACUGCCUGCCGCGGAUCAUCAAGCCACGAAAGCGGCGUAAAAAGGAUCGCAAACCUACAGGAGGGACGGGAAACUCUGGUGGGGGUGAGUGUGUGGCGGGGGGUGAGGGCUCUGGUGACGACUCUAGCGGCACCAUUGUCACUCUCAAACCUUACAUGCCCAUGUGUUAUAACUAUGGUGCUUCAACCCACGCCCGUUCAUGUGAGGGCUCCAGGGCGUGUGGGUGUGGACAGUGCGCCCCAAUCCAUGUUUUUCCCACGCCCCCUCCCUCCCCAGCCUCCUCGGCACUGUCUACCAUGUCGUCGGCGUCUUCGUCUUGUUCCUCGUCCUCUGAGGACGAGCCUCUGGGUGCGGCAGCUGGUGGUGAUGGUGAUGGGGAGAGCCGCAGUCAGCUGGUACGCUCCCUCAGUGAGCCUAAGCCUCAGUCAACAAUCCACAUCUCGUCCACAGUGACACAGAGUUUCGCGGGUCACCGCGACUUGGAUAUCCGUAUCGUGAGAAGCGUGACCCGCGAGGUGCCGGCCCGCACCCGGCACUGGUCGGUGCCAGCGGUGGCCAGACACACACACUCACCCCUGCCGCCGCUCAACAUUGACCGCCACUUCCUCAAUUAUUGCAACACUGCAGUAACUACUCCUCAUCCGCCCCAGAGACCAUGGAUACAUCUUGGUGAUGCAGAUAGAACCCGACCUUCAUGUAUAUUCUCUGUGAUGUGUUACAAUGUGUUGUGUGACAAGUAUGCAACACGUCAGAUGUACGGGUAUUGCCCUUCCUGGGCACUGGAGUGGGAAUACCGCAAGAAAGGUAUUAUGGAUGAGAUUAAGCACUACCUUGCUGACAUCAUAACUUUACAGGAAGUAGAAACAGACCAGUUCUUCAACUUUUUUCUUCCCGAGCUAAAGAAUGAAGGUUAUGAUGGAAUAUUCUCUCCAAAAUCCAGAGCGAAGCACAUGUCAGAAAAUGAAAGGAAAUACGUUGAUGGUUGUGCCAUCUUCUGGAGAACGAGCAAGUUUUCCCUGGUCAAAGAGCGAUUGAUAGAGUUCAACCAAUUAGCAAUGGCUAAUCAUGAUGGAUCAGAAGAUAUGUUGAACCGUGUCAUGACAAAGGACAACAUUGGCCUUGCUGCACUGUUGGAGACAAAGGAAGCAGCCUGGGAAAAUACUGGGGUUCAGCCAGACAAGUCCCAAGUGAACCAGGCUGUGUUAGUGUGUACGGCUCAUAUCCAUUGGGACCCAGAGUUUUGUGAUGUCAAACUCAUCCAGACUAUCAUGUUGAUGAGUGAGAUCCGGCAAGUAAUUGGUCAGAUUGUUGAAGACUCUCAACAUAGAUCAAGGUUGGGUAGGAAGAUGGAGCCUAAUUCAAUCCAGCUUCUUUUGUGCGGUGAUCUCAACUCGCUCCCCGAUUCAGGUGUUGUUGAGUUCUUAACAAAAGGCAGUGUUUCUAUGGACCAUGAAGACUUCAAGGGCUUUGGGUACAAAACCUGCCUGCAGAAGAUAGCAAUGACCAAGAGCAAUAAUUCCUUGGUUAAUUCAAGUGCUAAUAUCUACACCCACUCCUUUCGACUUGCUGCAGCGUAUGACUUCUCUAUUAUGGCGUAUACCAAUUAUACGUACGACUUCAAAGGAAUUAUAGACUACAUCUUCCACAGUGCUGAUACUAUGUCGUCAUUAGGUGUUUUAGGCCCUAUUGACCCUGACUGGUUCAGAGCGAACAAGAUUAUGGGUUGUCCUCACCCUCAUAUCCCAUCAGAUCAUUUUUCUCUACUAGUACAACUUGAGAUGCGACCCGUAUCUAUGGCCAAUAACCACCCAAAUGGCCUCCUCCACAGGUAGCCUGUGGCAAGCAAUUCCUCCAAACUACACAUCUUGGGGGCACAGGCCACUCAUCAGUGGUCUUUGAAGCUUUAUUACCAGAUGCACACCAAGUCCGUACCAGAAGUUUACAACAGGGAUACCUGUGAUUCCAUGAAGAUUUUCACAUCCUCUGAUGGAAAUUUGCCCAGAUUCAUUUUUGGCUAUAAAUUGUGAUGGAAAAAUGAACAUUGGGCUUCACCUCAGGAUCUUCAUCUUGAGGGACAUGAAAACCAGAAACUGUGUAGGUCCCUUCAUAAUAUGUUGUGCUCCAUGCAGCAGUUCCCCUAUCACCUGCCAGACCAAUGAGGCCUUGUUCAUGUGUUUUAAGGAGCACACACUACAAGAGCAUUUUCUGUGGCACUGGGACAUUUUCAUUUUUUUAAUGAGCCUAGAUAAUAGUCAUUUUAUGGGUGUCACUGUACAAAAAGCAUUAAGGUAUGAGGUUUUAUGCAUGAAUGGAUAUAGUAAAACAGAUCUUAAAGUAAGUGGGGCUGGAACUUGUACAAAAAUAGAGCUGAUAUUUAGGUCUGAUAAAAGAAAAAAUCUGUGCCCCUUAACUCGCCUUUGGCUUCCAGGCUUGUUUGUGUCGCCUGCAGGACGAUCACAAGAGCUUUAGCCACCCCGAUCUCAUUCGUGUGUUUUAAUGGGCCCAGCUUCCCUACCUCCUAACCUUCCACUUAUCCCCAAUACCUUUGGCUUGCUUUUCCUGCUCACCAUCAUUUUCUAAAGUUGAUCAUUAUUUUGCCACAUUAUUAGACUUUCCAGUGUAUGUUUUUGGGGCUGGGACCAUUCUCAUUUUUCAUAUCUGUAUCUUGCCUCACUGCCAUAAUCAAUACCACUGCAACCUGCAUUAUACAUCACCCACCUGCAUCAUAUACCACCAGCCACCUGCAUCAUUCACUACCACCUCCACUUUGUCAUACCUAGCAUAAGCCACCCACAGCCUCUUCACCACUGUACAGUUGGCUGUUUUCAUCGCUCACGUUUUUUUUUCUUUGCAACUGCACUUUCUUCCUCCCACAGAUCAAAACUUAAUAAUAUACAUCCCAUAGUAAUUACACAUCAUAAAAAAAACUAGUUACUCGACUUGCAUUGACAUUCAACAUAAAGUUUCCAGCAUUGUCUUUUUUCAGCCCGCUUACUCUUCAUCUGGUAGUUAUAUUAAGAAAAUAUCCAGCCCAUGCCUCUUGUGCCACUUUUCCUUCCACAGGGCUGUUCCUCAUUCCUUAAACAUCUGAAACACUCACUGUGAACAUUGGACAUACAGCAUUCUUUGCUGCUUUGCUGUUCUGUUAUAUUUCAUCUUUUGUGUGUACCUGGGGAUUAGUUGAAUGCUUCAAGAAUGUGUCAGCAGGUGUGCUACAAAUUGCUCUGAUCAUUUGUGCUUAGAAGUGUCAUUCAAUGUCAGCCAUGAGUGGCCCUUCAGUUCUUUCUUAGAUUAGGUUAGAUUAUUUAUAAAACAGCAAAAAUACAGUUUACUCCUUUAUUUAUGACAUGUUAUAUAAAGUACCAAUUGACAUAUCUAUUGAUAGAUAUAAUAGUUUACAUAAUUAUCUGCAAUUAUGAAAGGGAGUAUGAUUGUUUUGCUUUCAAUGAAAGACAAGAGAAGAAUCUAUAAUAGGGCAACUUAUGGCUUUUUAUUUUUUAAUAAUCCUUUCCAUGAAAUGUGAAUGGAUCUUCAACAUUUUAUAAUAUAGUAAUUGCAUGUUUUAGCCCACUUUUCUGACACUUACAAGCACCAAAGAUUGAGAUUUUCCUGUACAAUACUGGACCAGUCCUUUUCCAAAUUUAUCAGCUUGGAUGCAUUUGGCUGCUUUUGUUCAACUGACUGAUAUUUGAUACAUUUUUUUUCAAUUUAAUAUUCAGCAUUGAGUUACAGCUCCACCCUUUUUUUUUUUUUUUUGUUGUGUACACAUUACGGUUUGUCAUUUGUUCCCUGUGGCAUUCCCUCUGUGAUCAAUACUUUUUGGUAAAGAUGCCAGUAAUUUUUGAACUUAAAACAUUGGAGAGGCACUCUAAUAAAUUUUAACUUGCAAAUUAUAUAACAAAUUUAAUCAGAUUUCUUGCUAUACAUUGUUAAUUAUACUGAAGUUUGUAAAUAUGCUUAUCAUACAAUUGAUACCAUAAACAGGAAAAAUAAAUGUCAUUAAGGUUUGUCUUUAGAAUGUGUUCCUAAAAUGAGAAUAUACUAUCAGUUAAUUACCCUUUAACCUGGAUUACAUGAUCUUCAGGUACAUGUCAGAUGUUUUAGUUCAGCUUCACAAGUUUAUAUCUUUGGAAUGUGUAGGAUAUAUUAUAAUUAAGGUCAGUAAUAACACUGAAGCUAUCAGCGGUAUGUACUAAAGUGUAUUUACAUCUUCAUUACUUUUGAAAUUUAUGCAAGUGGUUGUACCAGAGUCUGGCUUGUGUUUGAGGAAGAAAGAUAUGUACAUUUUCCAUACAACAUAGGUGAUGGAUACACUUUUCCUCACUAUUGACACAAUACCAACAACCACUACUGGCUACUCCCUACAGAAAAUUUAAAUUACCCAUUGGAAGUUGUUCUGGGAGCAAGGGAAGGGUAUGGCUUGUAUAUUUAAUUUCUAAAUUGUAUGAAGACUGGCUUUUAUGGUACUUUGUCCUUAUAUUGUAGCUGCGGAUGCAUUUUAACAGGGUGCAUUUUCUAGUUUUCCUGGGUAGUAGUGUGUAGCCAGUAUUGUAGCUGUGCAUCAUUGUCCAGUGCCAGCAGGCGUUGUGAUCACCUGGUGAUACUCUUUAAAUUUGGAGAUUUGAAAGAAAAGUUUCUCUACAACUGUUUGCUUUUAGUAAAAAGAGGGGCUAUGCUUAGCUUAUUCUCAUUUGUGGUAAUUUUCCUGUUUCAUUAAACAAAUUAUUUUUUAUAUAAAGACUGGUGUAAUUAAUCUAGACAGAGCUAUAUGAAGGUUACGGAUUGUUUGUAACUGUUGAGAGGCUUCUUGAAGCACCUAGUCAGCGGAUCUUUGGGUAUACUCUGGUGACAGUUUGCAACUAUUCUAAAAUAACACAGGCUACAAAUGACUGCCAUCAAAAUUGUCAACCUUUUGUUAAAGAUUUUCUAAUGUUAGGUCUCAAGUAAAGUUUUAUAUACACAGGACCUCUUAUAGAGGCAUAUGAACAAAUGUUUGACUGCUUUAUAUUUGUAGCCUACAACCUUCUUUGUUGUUUUUGUAAGGCAUAAUGUGUAGUGAGAAUGUUUGUAACUGGUUUUGGAUUAGAUGUGUCCUGUCCUUCAUAACACUGGAGGCUAGUCUGCUCCAGUGAGUCCGCUUGUGCCGACUUGGUACAUGACCGCCCAACCGUAACAGUCCCACCUACCCUGGCAGCCCAUACCACAUUUUCAUCUGAUUUAAAUUUAUUUUUUUACAGAUCAUGGGUUCUCUCACUCAUAUGUUACAUAUCAUUUUUUGUAGAUUGAGGAUGGUUUUUCAGUGACCUCAAUUUUUUCUAUGAAGCUUGCAAUAUUAAAUCCAGUCAUUACAAAAUUUUCAGAGGUCAUUAAACCAACCUGUCUUAGAUUAGACAUUCUCUUGCACAAACCUCAAUAUAUUAGUCCAAGUUAGUAUAGUACAGUCCUUAUUGUGUAUAUAUAUAUAUAUAUAUGUGAUUUUUUUCAGUAUCUUAGUAUUCACUUAUACUCUAAUCCUUUAGAAAGAUCAUGAUUUAUCUUCACUAAAGAUAUUUUCUAAACACUAAGUUUAAAAUGUCGGUGUAGUUUGGGCUAAAUACCUGCAUUAUAGUUAAGGCUGUGGUAACACUCUCUGUAAAGGUUUAUUUUUCUGGUGGUUCCAUGGCCAGUCCGAGCCAGCCCUCAACCAUGACCUCACUCAAGUCUCUUGCAGGGCUAUCAUUCCUAACUAGGAAAGUUUUACUGUAACUUGUUUUACUUACUCCUUGUUCAAAAAUCCCACUUACUGGGUAACUGCAUAAGUGAUAGUGUAGAUUAGUUGUAGUAUUCAUAUUUUAUUUGAGUUUUAUUCUAGAAAUCUUUAGGCACUAAAGUGUCCUAAAUCAGAGGGCAGCUAGAGCCAAGUUUGAGGGCAGGCUGGAACAGGAACAAAUUUUGUAGGUAUUUCAGCACUAGGGUUAAGUGGUCUGUCCCUUUAAGUUUGGGCUAGUGUUGGUGGCGGUCCUCAGCAGUACAAAGUGUCUCUGUGCCCCGUGCAAUGGUCAUUAUCAUUAUUACUCUUGACGUCAGUUCACCACCCAGUCCUCACCCGACCACGCGGUAGCACACACGUCUAGACAUUUAGUGAGGUUAGGAUUCAGUAAUAAAAUAUUGCAGAUUAA